AGUAGAAACAAAUAUUUGUUGGCAAUGUAAUCAUCUCAAAGUGUUUUGUUUUUGCAAUGUUUUGAUAUUGCGGCUAAUGCUGUGUGUUGUUAAAAGAAUUUGAUGUGCUUUCGUAACUUCGUCGAGAAUACAAAAUGAAUUCACUGAAAAAGUGUUACUGUAAAUUUGGUGAGCACCGCCUGAAAGUCUUGAAGACUGCCCUGUCUCGCCAGUCGACUGCAUCUGCACCUGUGGAGGAGAUAAAGAUUCCCGAGAAGAUCAAGAGGGGACCAACUGAUAUACUUAGAGCCCUGUCGAGCACAGUGGGGCGUGACUACACAGCAGCGCACUACAAGUACCACGACGACCCGUACCUCAUCCCCACGUCCAACAUCAGCAAGCGCACGUUUGCCCUGGCGAAGGAGUCUGGUCGCAAAGCUGCCUUCUGGAUACGCCAAGAGAACCCUUUCUUGUUCCAGCACAGAGAGGCGGACCCACCCAUACAAGCAUUUUACCCAAAGCCAGUUUUUGAUGAGAACAGUGACGUAAGUGAAGAGAUCUUACUGAGGUGUAUUGCUGACGUGUGUGUCUCCGAUGCAUUGACUGUCUACGAACUGCUUUGCAAGAAAGGAAUAGACGUGAGCGAGCAGGCGAAGCUGUCGCUGCUGCAGCUGGCGUGCUACCACAACUGCGAGGACAGCCUGCGGGAAGACCUGUUCGAGGAGCGCUGGUUCAAGCAGGGCACGCAGAAGAAGGCCCAGCACAGGAAGACCUGGAAGGACAAUGGUCUAGCAGAGACAAUUUUCAACUCGUUGCAAGAGAAGAAGCCGGAAGCGUACUGCGCAGUGAUUCAAGGCAUGGUGCGCUUCUUCCAAGUAGACAGAGCCUGGCAGCUGUACGAGGAAACACAGGCGAAGGGUAUCCCCGUCACCACGGAAACCUACAACUCCCUCAUCUCAGUCGCCAACUAUCUGCGCGAAGGCAACGACCUCAGAUGGAAGCUUAUUGAAGAGUUGCUGACCGCGAUGGCCAGGCAGGGCCUUGCCCCCGAUGUGUCCACCCUCAACUCUGUGCUGGAGGCAGUCAGCAGCAUGGGCAUGUACUGGCAGGCCAAGACCUAUGCCCUGCAGGCUGUCAAAGAGUUCACUAGCCUGGGCAUCGAGCCAUCCCUGGCCAGCUACUACUUCCUCCUCGUCAUAUUCUGUAAAGAACGUGGGCCUGUGAGCAACAUCCUGGCAGAGAUCAUGGAGCACAUCCGUGGGCGUGCGUUCACGAUCCGCGAUGCCAAGGACACACACUUCUUCGUGACGGCGAUGGAGAUGUGUCGCCGCCACCUGCAGGACAAGGACCUGGCGUGGCAGGUGGACGCGCUGCUCCACACCGCCAACAACUACGACCUCAUCGGCGACUCCUACAAGGAGUCCGUGUACUAUCGUCACUUCUUUGCGCUGCUGUGCAGCAUGGAACCUCUGGAUGUGUUCAUGGAUUUCUAUAACAAGAUGGUGCCAAACAUCUACGUCCCAGAACCAGGUAUCAUGGAGGAGGUGAUAAAGGCGGUGGACAUGAACGGCGCGAUGGAACACCUGCCCCGGCUGUGGUCCGACAUGGUGAUGUUCGACCACACGGACCGCGAGAACCUGCUGGUCGCCGUGCUGGGCGCGAUGAUCCGCAACCAGCCAGCACAGGACAGCGACCUGGCCGCGCAGUUCGCCGGCGUCGCCUGGGCCGUGUGGCUGAAGCUGGUCGAUCACGACGAGGAGCGCUACCGGCAGCUCAGGGCCACGGGCGCGAUGCUGGGGGACGUGAUGGUGCUGCUGCUGAGGGCGGGCCGGUUCGCCGACGCCUGCGCCGUGCUCGGGAAGCUGGACAGGGACCAGCACGCGGUGGUGGGCGUCCCCGCCGUCGCGGCCCUGCAGCUCUUCCUGGACGCCUGCGUCCAGCAGAAGGACGCUCAGCAGGCGAUUGCGUGCGUCCGGUACUGCGCUGACGCGGGCUACCCGGAGGCGGGGCAGCUUGCACAGAGCCUCCAGGGCUCGCUGCCCCUCUCCGCCGGCCAGGUGGACAAGCUGGCCAGCAUCGUGGGCCGGGAGGCCGUCGGUCUGUCGCACGAGGCCGCCUCGUGAGGCCCAGUGAGGGCCCCGUGGUCUCACGUCAGCCGUGUGCAGGCAUCCUUAGCCUCCUGUCACGAAUGCCUCGCAUUCCGUCAUACGACACGUAUAGUGUAGCAGUUGCAUGUGACUUUUUUUUUAGCCACGAUACAUAAAUUGAUCAUUUGUGACAUUUGUAUAUAAAACUAUAGUUGAAGAUCUUGUAAUAUGAGUCGCAAAUUAAACACACACCUUACAA